AUGUAUCUCUCUAGCGCUCUUUUCAUUGCCUACGCGGCCUUCGCACCAAUUGCUACCGCAGCGGUGCAGGCCAUACCUACCGCAGCUGCUGUUCCUACGAGCGCUACCAACACCGAAGUCUUCUCUUCUAUUACACCCACUCUGGUCUACACCUCGGCUACUUCGUCCCCGCUCAUUCCAAGCAGCAGCAGCAGUAGUAGCAGCAGCCUCAGGGUGGCUGCUACCACCGCCAGCUCUGAGAACCACCCUUCGAGUUCGUCAAAUAUUCUCGGCCAUACGCCAACUAUCAGUAGCCAUAUCUCCAGCUCUGCUGUCGCCAAUUCCGCGCAUCCUAGUUCUUCUGCGGCCGCCAGCUCUUCCUUCACCAGGUCCUACAUCACGAAGACCACCACUCUUCCCACAAAAGGCACUUCCGACGACACCAACUCUGAGUCCGGAUCAUCAACUUCCGCCGACGCAGCUGAAGCGACCGAGACUAGUGCGGCGGUCCCAGCCGCCAAGCUAUCGGGCAGCCUUGCUGCUGGUGUAAUCGCUGUCGUUGGACUUGCGAUGCUCUGA